AUGGUUGUGGUAUGUCAGUUAGUGUGCGUAGCUGCCUUGUUUCUGUGUAUGCACAGCAGUUGUUGCUGUGUGAAGCAUGUAUGGAGGUUGUCUUCCCUCUCUCUUUCUUCGAGGAACGCCAAUUACUCGACUAAUAGGUCUGCAAGCCUAGGAGGAACAUCGCUAGCUAGGGCGCUAGCAGCUCCGGCGUUCUUCAAGUUCCCGGCUGUUUGCUGCUUCCCCUUCCUUUGCUUUCCUUGCACUGAACACUCACCUAAUCUUCUGGCAGUAUCGAAUAAGCCAAAUGAAAGUGAGAAAGCAGGCCAUCUAUCCGUUGACUUGCCCCGGAGUGAGCUGCAUCGACAGAAGAGAGAAGAGAGAGUGGAAGCGGUAAGUGAACUUGACUUGAAAGAAUUUCUCACUCCCGGAAGUUUUGGUAAGGACGUCAAAAAUAUACGUCCGAGGGUUCAAUUCAGUGAUCGGAUGCCCCCGGACUAA